CCAUGCGCACUGUGUGCAGUUUUGUUUGAAGUGAACUGCCCAGGGAAUAGGAAACAACAAUACUGGAGCAAGAAAACCAUUAGAAAUCAUACUAAAUGCCUUAUCUCAAAUAUAUUUACAUGUUUUCUUGAUUGUCUCGAUGCAUCGGUGGAACAAUGUUAGGUCAAAACUAUCCAAACGUGGAAAAGUCACAACUGGUCAGCUAUGUGGAGGAUUAUUUGGAAUGUGUUGAGUCCAUGCCUUUGGAUAUACAAAGAAACGUAUCUCUGCUGCGAGAAAUUGACUCAAAGUAUCAAGAGGUCCUGAAGGAGGUUGACAAUGUCUACGAGCGUUACCAGGGCGAGCAGGACGCGGCACAACGUAAGAGGCUUCAGAUCCAGCUGCAGCGGGCCCUCAUCACCAGCCAGGAGCUCGGCGACGAGAAGAUCCAUGUGGUUACCCAGAUGACGGAGCUGGUAGAGAACCGUUCCCGCCAGAUGGAUUCCCUCUGCCUCCAGGAGCCAAGCGAGACCAGUGAGCGGGAGCGGGUCAUCACCGAGCGGCGCUCCAGUUCUGUCCAGGAGGCGGUGGUGUCCACACCUGCCGAGCGCUCCUCGGCCCGCCGGCCAAGGCGCCAGCGUAACAGCGAGAGCCGCGACUCCAACCACGCCUCGGGGAACGGAGCGGUGAUGGACGACCCGGCGGAUGAGCUGUCACUGCAGCCGCGGGAGAAAAGGUCCAAGUCGGCCAAGAAGAAGAAGCGCAAGGCCAAGCAGGAGCGCGACGCCUCGCCCGUGGAGUUCACCAUCGACCCCAACGAGCCCACCUACUGCCUGUGCGAGCAGGUGUCAUACGGAGAGAUGAUCGGCUGCGAUAACGAUGCGUGCCCCAUCGAGUGGUUCCACUUCUCCUGCGUGGGGCUCACCUACAAGCCCAAGGGGAAGUGGUUCUGUCCCAAGUGCAGAGGGGACAAUGAAAAGACUAUGGACAAAAGCCUGGACAAGAACAAAAAGGACCGGAGGUCCAGGUAGUAGUGACAAGUCCUCCAUCCAUUGUCCCUUUCCUCUCGGAACAUUGUUGAACUGAGGGUUGAGUUUUUCCAAGUGAUUCAUUCAAGGUAUGACAAAAUGUUAAGUUCUGAGAGCAAUCAGAACUCUAUUUCCAGCAGCGCUUACUCUGAGCAAAGGACUUGACCAAUACUGAACUGGUGCUGUUACAAUACUGGCGACUCACACUGAAGCCUAAAUGUUAUUUUGGGAAGUCUGAUAUUGACUCUAAGGAUCCUCAGCCUAAAGCUGCCGUCUUCUGUCUUUAUCGUGUGUUACUUAAAUUCCGUUCUGACAAGUGUAUUGAUUAACUCGAGAAGCACAUUUUGGCCUACUAGCCCAUUUGGAAAUGUUGAUUUGAUGUAAUGUAGCUGAAUGAUGUCCUUUUUGUAAAAAUUAAUAUAUUAUAUUUGCCCCAUUUUUCUUACAGUUGAGUAAGCUUUUAAUUUCUUAUGCAGUUUAAAAUAAGUCUGUUCCAAAUCCGUGAGUCUCAAUUCAUUAAUCACUGUACCAGAUGGGGCCAAAUAGUUGGUUGUGCUAUGUUUAUUUUGUAUGGCUGACAGAGGGGUAGAUUGCUUUGUUUCUGUGAGGUGUUUACCUGAGUUGGGAUUUGACAGUAAUUUCAAUUUUUUGGUUAUUUUAUGAUUUCUUUCCCAACUGUCAUUUCAAUUGACCAUCCACAGGUGCAGUACUUCGGUUUGCUAAAUAGUGAUGUCAGUUGGGGCACUGUCUGGAAUGGGAGUUCAUAUUUGUUGAGACAGUCUACAUAUUCUGUCAAACUAGUUUAAUGUCACGUAUGUGUAAUUUCCGUCCUGUUUUUAUUUUAUCCAUUAAAACAGUUAUACCGCAGAUAGGGGAACCAAUCAUUUUUUUCUUCCCAUUUCGCUACACCCGCAAUAACACCUGCUAAAUAUGUGUAUGCGACCAAUAAAAUUUGAUUUUGAAUCCUUUUCUUGAAAUAUACAUUUUACGUUCCGUUCUUCUACUUAUCAGGUCACCCUCUUUUAUACUGAAGAAGUGUCUCAGUAAGUCAGGAUAUUUCCAAAUAGUCAUGAAUUAAAAAGUAUCACAUAAAGAAAUAAAGUUCCCGAACAAACUCCACUCCUACAUGGUUCUGACUGUCCUAUUUGUCUUCAUCCUCGCUACUAUUGGAUUCUAUGAACAAGUCGUCCUCCCUGGUGCUGGUUACUGUGGUGUCAGCCUGACUGUGAUGAGGCCCAGCAGUAGGGUGCUACUUUCGUCUCCUCCUCCCAGGAGGGUCAGACACUGGACGUGGGUGUCAGGGAAGAGGACAGACAGGAUGUUGCAGGCCUUCAGGUCCUGUAGGAUCAGCUCACCUGUGUGAACAAUCAACACACAAAUGCCAUGAAUUGUCACUUUACUAUCACCUGUGUGUCACACACUGGUGGCACUCAAUAAAUAAACAAAUUGUAACUCCCUUUACUUUUACCUCACACACAUUCUUCUACUGUUACACUAUCACCUACAGUGGCUUCAGAAAGUAUUAAUACCCCUUGACUUAUUCCACAUUUUGUUGUUACAGCCUGAAUUCUAAAUUGAAUUAAUUGAUUUCUCACCCACCUACACUCAAUACCCCAUAAUGAUCAAAUCAAAUCAAAUUUUAUUGGUCACAUGCGCCGAAUACAACAGGUGCAGA